AUGAGCAAAAGGUCGUCGUCUGACUUUCCUGGUGGCAAAGCCUCGAGCAAGCCCGGAAAAAGCAACUCGGGCAGCGACAACGGCUCCAAGUCAUCGGCGUUCACCAAGAACAAGCAGGAGAAGAAGAGCUCCUAUAUGCUCGACCAGUACACGAAGGCACCUUCCGCAGCGGACCCGUGGUCGGCUGCCAGACCCUCCACGUUCCAAUACAAAGGACGUGGUUAG